AUGGAUCUUUCUGAGGUUGAAGAAAGCUUAUUUGCUGCCAGCGAUGCCAAGUUGCAUGGAGAACUGUGCAAGGAACUCUCUGCGAUUUAUUGCAGAGUAAUGUCAAUUUUUCCUUCUUUGGAAGCAGCUCGACCUAGGAGCAAAUCGGGCAUCCAAGCUUUAUGUUCAUUGCAUGUAGCACUUGAAAAGGCUAAGAACGUUCUUCAGCAUUGCUCCGAAUGUAGUAAACUUUACUUGGCUAUAACUGGGGAUUCUGUGCUCUCGAAAUUUGAGAAGGCAAGAUGUGCUCUCAUGGAUAGUCUUAGGCGUGUUGAAGAUAUUGUUCCACAAUCUAUUGGUAGUCAGAUUGAAGAGAUUGUUAGUGAACUUGAGGGUACUGUCUUCUCACUUGAUCCGUCAGAGAAGCAAGUUGGUGAUGAAAUAAUUGCACUCCUCCAACAAGGGAGAAAGUUUGACAACUGUAAUGACAAUAAUGAGCUGGAAUCUUUUCAUCAGGCUGCUAUCAAACUUGGUAUUACCUCUUCAAGGGCAGCUCUUACUGAGAGAAGAGCUCUAAAGAAACUCAUCCAAAGAGCCCGUGCUGAGGAAGACAAGCGGAAAGAAUCAAUUGUGGCUUAUCUAUUACAUCUUAUGAGAAAAUACUCCAAGUUGUUUAGAAGUGAAAUCUCAGAUGACAAUGAUUCACAGGGUUCUGCACCUUGUUCUCCCACUAUUCAGGGUUCAAUUGAGGAUGCUGCGCCUGGGGGCAAUGGUCAUGCAUUUGACCGACAGUUGUCAAAACUUAGUUCUUUUAAUUUCAAGAGUUCUUUUAAUUCCAAGCCAAACAAUCGGAGGUCAGGUCAGAUGCCUCUUCCACCUGAAGAGUUGAGGUGUCCUAUAUCACUGCAGCUUAUGUAUGAUCCGGUCAUCAUUGCUUCUGGUCAGACCUAUGAAAGGAUUUGCAUUGAGAAAUGGUUCAGCGAUGGGCAUAAUACCUGCCCAAAGACUCAACAGAAGCUGUCUCAUCUUUCUUUAACUCCCAAUUACUGUGUCAAAGGUCUCAUUGCUAGUUGGUGCGAACAGAAUGGAAUUUCUGUUCCUGAUGGUCCCCCGGAGUCUCUUGACCUCAACUAUUGGAGGCUUGCGUUGUCUGAGUCUGAGUCCACUAAUUCAAAAUCUAUGGGUAGCGUUGGCUAUUGCAAGUUGAAAGGUGUCAAGGUGGUUCCUUUAGAGGAGAGUGCCACAAUAGAUGAAGCUGUUGGGAAUGAAACAGAAGACGUGUCUCCGGUGGAGGAAGAGUCUGAGCUUGAUUCUUUUGAAAGUUAUCAGGGUCUUUUAACUGUCUUAAAUGAAGGUGCAGACUUCAGGAAGAAGUGCAAGGUCGUGGAGCAAUUAAGGUUCUUGCUGAAGGAUGAUGAGGAGGCCAGGAUGUAUAUGGGUGCUAAUGGGUUUGUUGAAGCACUUCUAUGCUUUCUGAAAUCAGCAGUGCGUGAAGCAAAUGUUUUAGCUCAGGAAAGUGGAGCCAUGGCUCUCUUCAAUCUUGCUGUCAAUAAUAACAGAAACAAAGAAACGAUGUUAGCAUCAGGAGUAAUUUCAUUGCUAGAGGAAAUGAUCUCCAAUCCCAGUUCUCAUGGACCUGCGACAGCCCUCUAUCUGAAUCUCUCCUGCCUUGAAGAAGCCAAGCACAUAGUUGGCACAAGCCCUGCUCUCCCUUUCUUAACCCAGCUCCUUCAAGCUAAUGUUGAAAUACAAUGCAAGCUGGAUGCCCUCCAUGCCCUAUACAAUCUUUCUGGCAUUCCAUCAAAUAUUCCAAAUCUACUUUCAGCUGGUAUUAUCAGUGGUCUCCAAACCCUUCUUGCGAACUCUGGUGACCCUACAUGGACAGAAAAAUGUACAGCUGUUUUGAUAAAUUUGGCUUCAAGUAGCUCUGCAAGAGAUGAAAUGAUAUCAAAUUCGGGUCUUAUCAGUGCGCUAGCAACAAUUUUGGAGGCUGAUGAACCCAUUGAGCAGGAGCAAGCUGUCUCAUGUCUCUUUUUGUUGUGUAAUGGGAAUGAUAAAUGCAGUCAGAUGGUCCUAAAGGAAGGGGUGAUACCUGCAUUGGUGUCGAUUUCUGUGAAUGGUACAUCAAGAGGAAAAGAGAAGGCUCAAAAGCUUUUAAUGCUAUUCCGUGAGCAGAGACAGAGAGACCAACCACCUGCAGAGGCGGAGGUGCAUUUGUCUGUUGAAAAUAGUGACAAGCCAAUGUCUGUUCCAGAAUCAAAGCCACUGUGCAAAUCCGUCUCAAGAAGAAAGAUGAGCAAACCUUUUAGGUUUUUGUGGAAGAGCAAGAGCUAUUCUGUUUACCAGUGUUAA